CAGGUUUCUGCGCGAUUCCCCCGGAAUGCUCAGCAAACGAGGAUUUCAGAUCCCAGGUUGCCGGGUGGUAGGAUGUGACUGCGUCUCACACCCAGGCGUGUAACGGCCUCUGGCUUCCUCGGGGAACCUCUGCUGUUGAGCUAUACCUCAUUGCUAGGAAACGGGCACUGGAAGGUCUCAGGGUCCCGCUGUCUUAGCGCGGUAACGUCGUGCGCCGGCUGGGAAGGGACGGUGGGUGGAGCCGAGCCGCCGUGAAUCAUGCUAGUGAGUUGUGGGUCCGUCUGUGAAGAGGCCCACCUUUGCGGGAGCGCGUCUGGAGUCUGCGCUGGUGGAAAACUACACUUCCCAGCAUCCUCGCGGUGCCAGAACUACCUUCCCCGAAAGCUUAAGCGUGAUUCAUUCAGCCUUUCGCCUCCUUCCGCCAGCCCGAAAACAGGAAAUGUGGAGUCGCUGUGUUUGGCGGCUCCUGCGAUCUGAGGGCCGUGGAGGCCGCCGAGUUUCGAGCCUCAGCGGGGUUUUUUCGCCGGCCCUGCGGAGAGACUUCUUCACCACCACAACCAAGGAAGGAUAUGAUAUGAGGCGAGUGGACAUAACUCCUUUAGAACAAAGGAAGUUAACUUUUGAUACCCAUGCACUAGUUCAGGAUUUGGAAGCUCAUGGAUUUGACAAAGCACAAGCAGAAACAAUUGUAUCGGCAUUAACCACUUUAUCAAGUGUCAGCCUGGAUAGUAUCUACAAGGAGAUGGUUACUCGAGCUCAACAGGAAAUAACAGUACAACAACUUAUGUCUCAUUUGGACUCCAUCAGGAAAGACAUGGUCAUCCUAGAGAAAAGUGAAUUUGCAAAUCUGAGAGCAGAGAAUCAGAAAAUGAAAACUGAAUUGGAACAAGUUAAGCAGCAACUGAUAAAUGAAACCAGUCAAAUCAGAGCAGACAAUAAACUGGACAUCAACCUAGAAAGGAGCAGAGUAACUGAUAUGUUUACAGAUCAAGAAAAGAAACUUAUGGAAGCAACCACAGAAUUUACCAGCAAGGAUACCAAAACCAGAAGUAUUAUUUCCGAGACUAGUAAUAAAAUCGACACUGAAAUUGCUUCUUUGAAAACACUGAUGGAGUCAAACAAGCUUGAGACAAUUCGUUAUCUUGCAGAUUACUUCAUCUUCUUGUGGGGGAUGGAGAGGACUCACGUGGCAGACUCGUCACUGAUCCACAAAAUUCCUGACUGACUGGUUAAGACCACACGAAGGUUUAAACUGCAAUCAGCCUCGGUGUUUACUUGCCUUGCAAUAGCAUUGGGAUUUUACAGAAUCUGGAAGUAGUAGAGAAACUGCUCUGUUCUGCUGCUGCUGUGGACUUAGAACACUACGCCAGGAGAGAUUUACUCCGAACAUGAAAGUUGCAGCAGACACUCAAUACAACAAGAUUAUUCAAAGUACAUACGGACUAAAAAAUAUUUUAAAAUAGGAAGAUGUGCUUUGAGUUUGUGUUUUGUGUGUGUCUUUAUUAUGUUGAAAAGCUGUUGUUCAAAACCUGAUUGAUUUGAGAUAAAGAGGCUUUUUGUCUUUAUCCUUUUAAUAGUUCAUAGAAACUGAUCCAGAGUUUUCUUGUGUUUGCUUGAACAAAUGUAUAUCUUACAGGAUCUCUUUGAUGUCUGCUGCAAAUUUAAAAACUAUUCCCUACAUACUUGUUAUUGUAUUCAGCCUCCCGGGUAAGUAUUUUUCAUAGAAAAUAAAAUGUUGUUUUAACAAA